AUGGAUGCUAGUAAUGUCUCUUCAAUAUAUGCUGCUACUCAAGGCGUGCCUUUGAUUCUAGCACCACAGUUUUCAUCACUAAAACCGAUUAGUCUUCCGCAUGAUUUUGAUCUGUCUGGUGAUUUACCACCAAUGCCGCAACCAUGUGAUUUUGAAUUAGAAAGAUCCGUGAUCAAUCAACUAGAACGAGAGCGACAAGCGGCCGCAUUAAAGGUUGCAAUACGCUCUGAAAAAAUUCGCAUGCUACAUGAGGAACGUAUUCAAAAACAAAAAGCAGAGGCACGGAAAAUUGCCCCGGGGUUUUUGGAUACAGAUCGUAGAAUCUUAACUCCGGAACCGGUUGCAAAUUCGCAACAUCCUCGUUCUGAUGAGUUACCUAACCAUGUGGUGGAACGUUUGAAAUUAAAAACAGAAGAGGAUAAAUUAUCAGCAACUGUAACAAAAACAAUAAAUCCUUGGGACCUUUCAAACACAAUAGAAGAUGAUAAAAAUGAAACAAAUACUGCUGCACCAUUUAAUGUGAACAACAUUGAAAUACGUCAAAGUCAUCAACAACAAGAAGCACCGCAACCUCUACUUCGCCAAGGAGGUUAUCCUACCACUUCAAUACCAAUGAAUAAUUAUAAUCCACAGAAUACAACAACGACCAAUUCUUCAUUUACAAUAACAACCAAUAAUGAUCCGAGAACGCUAAGCAACCCAUCGAGUCCUAAUUCAUCAUCACAAUUAUAUUCGCCUGCACAGUAUCUAACAACGCCUAUUCAAAUUACACCCACGACAACAAAUACAGGAUCUUUUUCUCGGGGUCGAAGUGCUUCACACUCCUCUGCUUAUACAACCACAACCAUAAUACCUCCAAGUAGACCGCCCAAAGAACUUCCAAGGUCAAGAUCUACUUCUCCCAUUAUUACUAAUACUAAUAGUAAUAGUAAUAGCAGUCUUGCCAAUCCAGAGAAAUUAUUUCAUGAGAAUAACGAGAAUCCGGAAGCUCUUAAGCAGCUUGUAAAUAUGGGAUUCUCGAGGGAACAAGCUAUUGAUGCUUUGAAAAAAUAUGAUAAUGAUUUAGUAAAAGCUACUAAUUAUUUAUUGGAUAAUUGA